AUGUCCAGUCACAGACAAUCCCAUGACUUCCCACUGGACACAGCCAACAAAGGGGCACAGCUCAUGGCGACGCUGAGGCUGGUCUACCCCCAUGCAGACACCCUCUGUGAGAAGGACUUCGACUGGCUCUUUGACUGCCCUCAGACAAGGCAGUUCCUUGAGUGGUUCUGCAGCACAGUGACCGAGGAGCACGUGCUGACCCCAGCUGAGGUGGAGGCCUAUGAGGCCCUGCUGGCUGCAGGAAAGCCCAUCCUGGAAGGUGAUGCCCUUGAGCAGGCAUUGCAGUUGUGCCUCCAGGUGCCACAGCUCCCAAGUGUGGUACCAGAUGAUGAGGCUUCCUCUCUGGAGGCCCUGCAGCAGGAGCUUCAGGAGCUUCAGGACUAUCGUGACCGUCAGCUCUGGCGGUACAACAAGCUGCAGGUUUGGGUGGCCAAGCUGCAGGAGCAGCUGAGGUGUUUGGAGGAGAAGGACAAAGUAGUGAAGCAGGACUUGAAGAAGGCUCAGAUAGACCUGGAACUGGAGUUCUUCCAAAUGAGUGCUGUCCUGAGACAGAUCAUCAAGGAUGCAAAGCAACUGGCAGAGUGGUACGGGGACGUGGGGAAAGGCCGGCCACCAGCACUGCUGUGUGAGAUGGAUCUGGGCCCUUACAUGGAGCUAGAACAACAGGCCACUGAUGUGUUUGAGAAGUUAAACCAGGAGGUCUUACCAGGGUGUGUCCAGGCUUCAGAUGCUCAGGGUGAGAAGGAUAAGCUGGAGUCUGGGACACAAAUGAACUUAGACCAGGAAAUACCAGAAAGAAGAGAAGCUCCAUAUCAAGAGUGUGCAAAGACACCAUUGGGGGUAGUACCGGUAAGUCAAGGAACGCUGGUCCAAGACUCCAUGGCAGAGCUGCUAGUGGAGGGCAGCAAUGGGAGAGACAUGUUGAGCAUGGAGGAUGAAGAGGAGAGAGAUGGCAGCAAGAAAGCCACAGAGAAAAUGGACACCAAGCACAAAAUGGUGCCAGAAAGCCUUGGGACUGAUGGUGAUGAGCUACUGAAGGACCAAGACAGUGUCUGGAAGGAGCUGAGCCGAAUAGAGAAAGCACAUAUCUGUGCCCAGAGGGAGGUUAUAGUCAUGUCAGCAAAAGUGGAAGGCAACUGUGCUGCGCUGGAGUGGGCCCAGAAGACUCUGGAAGCUCUUGAGAAGAACCAGCAGGCAGCCAGGGCAGAGCUCUGCAGCCAGGCCCCCCUGCACCAGAAGCAGCUUCACAUCCUGCGCUGCAGCAUCGUGCAGAUCCUGAACCACCAGCUGCCACCCCUGCUGCAGGCACAGGCCCGGCUCUCCAGCCUGCCUGUCCUGCAGAGGAAGCUCAGCCUGGAGGCUGCGGGGCUGGAGGACACUGCCCGGAGGCAGAAGGAGGCGGCUGCGUGGCUGCUGGGCCAGCGGAGCCGCCUGGAUCUGCUGGAGCUCCAGCUGCAACGGGAGAGAAAGGAGCUCGAGCAGAAGGCUGCUCAGCUGGGGAAGAUGGCAGCUGACAUGAGGGAAGCCCAGGCCAGGCUGAAGAAGCAGCAGGACUACUUCAAAGAUGCCAGCUCCUCCUGGAACAGCUGUUCACGCACAUGGGUAGAUGCCACAGACCCCACUGCUCUGCGGCUCUGGGACGUGCUGAUGGGACAAGACCAGAGUGUGCAGCAGUUCCGCAGCUAUAAGGCCCUAGCAGCCCGGUGCUCCCAGCUGGUUCAGGACCAGAGGGCACUGGAGGCACAGCUGGCAGCUCCUACAUCCCAGCUCCCUGCCCUGGAGUCCUCCACAGAGCAGCUCUACCGGCUGCUGUACAACAGCUCCAACCAGUUGCAGCUGUCCUCUCCAGAGAUGACCGAGCUGAUGCAGCAACUGACCACCAUGCAGGACGACCUGUACCAAAAGCUGGCAGAGCUCCUGAGCGAGCUGGCUGCCAGGCGCAGGGCCCUGGAGAGCCCCCUCCUGCGGGCGCAGCGCAGCCUCUACGUCUACUUUUACUGCAAUGAGGAUCGGCUGAGAGAGGUGGUGGAAGAGCUGGAGAAGCAGGUGUCAGCUUCCUCCACUGAUGGAGCUGCCCAGUAG